AUGCUGUCAGACCCUGAGUCCUCAUCAAACUCAAGCUCUAGAAAUUCAUCUCCCUACGAGAAAGUCCCUCGUGAAAUCCAGGACUAUCCGUUAGAAAUCCUCCACCAUGAAGAAAGUUCCGAGUUCAGCCACUUUAUGCCGGUAGCUCGCGGGAGCGCCGAUUCGGCACGAGCCGGUCAGGAACACUGCACGAGGGAACCGCUCUUGCCAGUCCAUGAGCAUCAACAACAACAUCGCAGAUCUUCAAGACGAUUUUCGUGUUCCGUAACUGCAAUCUGGUCGUGGGUACUGGGGCCUUCGACCCCUCAUAUAUACCAGAUCAAUCCUUUGCUGCCCCGCUGGCAGACGGCGCCAGGGCGUUUGGUGCAGAGGUUCUUUCCAAGUACUAUCAGCAAGGUCUUGCUUCUUCUGUCUUGCCUGGCCUUUUGGGGAGUUGUUUUCAUAACGUCGCUACAUUCUGCAAUUCCCGGCUCGGAUGUAACGGGUUAUGAAGAACACGUCAAGCUAUCCUGUCACAGUCGACUGUGGUCCAAUGGCACCGACUGUGGUCUAAACGGUGACGGAUGUCGUCCGUUUGAUGACGGCGCAUUCGCGUUCCGCUGCCCUGCAAGUUGUUCGGCCGCAAUGGUUCUCGAACCAUACUUCAUUGGCCCGCAGGAGAUCAAUUACCGGACUCUCGUCAUCGGAGGCGAGCUCGGAGGUGGGCAUGAGAGCAGCUACGGUGUGUAUCGCGGCGACUCUGCCAUCUGUCCUGCUGCGCUGCAUGCAGGACUCAUUAGUGAUGCCAAAGGCGGCUGCGGGGUCCUCCGUCGGACGGGCGAACAGUCCAAUUUCCUAUCUGUGGAGAAGAACGGUAUUUCAAGCAUUGCUUUUCCUUCCAAUUUUCCCUUGUCCUUCACUUUUGAUGGAGAGGGGUCCGCAGAAGGCGGUGGUCUUGACUGCCAGGACAUCCGUUGGCCGCUGUUCGCCUUCUCCGUGGUAGUCUCGGCAUUGCUCUCACUUUCUAUCACUUCUCCAGCGGCAUUCUACGCUUCGAUGUUCUUCAUCGUCUAUUUUCAAGUCGCCCUCUCGUCCGAUCCCCCAUAUUCUCCAAACUACUACGAGCUCGUCUCCAUCGCUCUAGGCAGAUUCCUCCCCUGCGCUUUCGUCGGCUUCGCCUUGUACUAUUUCUGCGUCAGGCACACUCUAAAAGACCUAGACGCCCACUGGGAUAAGACCAUUCUCUGGCUGGGGCCUUGCUGGGUCGGCGCCCUCAACACCGACACCUUCGACAAGAUCCCCAUAUCUCGCCUCACACCUCACGAUAUCCAACAGCAGCCCGGCGCCAUACCAGCUCUGAUCAUCAUCGUCGCCCUUCUAUGCGGCAUCGUCAUCACGCAGGCCAUCGCCUUCCGCAACGAAGGCCGUCUCCCCAAAAUGCUCGCCAUCUACGGCAUCCUGUCCGCCGCCGUCCUCGCGCUCCUCGUGGUGCCGCACAUGAACCUCCGCAUCCACCACUACAUCCUCAGUUUGCUCUUCCUCCCCGGGACAGCGCUGCAGACCCGGCCGAGUCUGGUGUAUUCCGGGCUCCUUGUGGGAUUGUUCAUCAACGGAAUCGCCCGCUGGGGGUUCGAUAGUAUUCUCCAAACGCCUGCCGCGCUGCUUGACGGUGCGCAGUUGGGGAGUGCGCUUCCGCAGAUCGGCGCCCCUCUGGUUGUUUCUGCGCAGGAGAUCGUUUUCACUUUCCUGAAGAAUCUAACUGAUGAGGCGGAUGGGAUUAGUGUGCUUGUCAACGACGUGGAGAGAUUCCAUGCUUUCCGCUCAGGGGAUGGAUCAGUAGAAUCGUUCAAUUGGACGAGACGUAGGGCGGAGGAACCGGAAUAUUUCCGCUUCGGGUAUAUCAAAGUGAGUGCGUUGGGUGGAGUGUGGUACGAAGAUUUUACGAAGCCAGUUGUUUGGGACGUUGAUGGGAGUUGGAAUCGCUCGGCUCCGUCUUAG